CAAAAUCCGAGUGUAUGGAUGUUAAGGGACCAAAACCGCAAAUACCUAAAUUAACCACCGGGAAAUGUCCCUAAUUCACCUGAAACCGCCGUAUCACGGCCGUUCGCCGCCCCUUCGCCGCCACAAACUCACAGUCCCCCGCCAGGUAACCAAACCAAGUACUAACAUCAUCUUCAAUUUCUCCAUUUCCACCUCAGCCUUAACAAUAAAAUCAUCAUCUACACGCGCCGCUGCGAACUCCGGCAAGUUCAUUUCUCCGUUCACCUCUAUAGCUCCUCUUAAACCUUAUCUCCUUUCGGAAUGGAAACCGAUUCUCUGUGGAUGGCUCUGCAGUGUUUUAUCUGUUUACUCUCUGUCCAAAAUUGUUCCCAAAGUUGGAAAAUUCUCGUCUCUCAUGAAUCCGUUGGAUGUUGUGAGGCUGAGAGAGGAGUGUUUGGUUUUGGGAGGUUUGUUUUUCGUUCGACUCGUUGGUAAUUAUCUGCAGCAAGCGUUUCUAUGGGAAGCUGCGUUGAAUUGUGUGUAUAAGAUGAGGGUUUGUGUUUUCCAUAAGGUUUUGCAGAGAGAUUUAGGGUUCUUUGAGGGAGAAAAUGGGAUUGCUGCUGGAGAUGUUGCUUAUAGGAUUACUGCUGAAGCUUCUGAUGUUGCUGAUACUGUUUAUUCUCUCUUGAAUACUAUUGUACCAAGUAGUCUUCAAUUAUCAGCAAUGGCAGUUCAGAUGUUGGUCAUCAACCCUGUUCUAUCAUUACUUUCCGCCUUGGUGAUCCCAUUGAUGGGUUUUGUGAUUGGUUACUUGGGCGAAAAACUUCGUGAUGUAUCAAACAAGGCACAUCUUGCUGCUGCUUCUCUCUCUUCCUAUCUGAAUGAGAUCCUCCCAUCAAUUCUUUUUGUGAAGGCAAACAAUGCGGAGUCCUGUGAAAGAAAGAAGUUCCAGUCACUUGCUUUUGCUGAUCUAUCUGCGACUAUGGGAAAGAAGAAGUUGAAGUCAUUUAUUCCUCAGUUGGUACAGGCAAUAUAUUUUGGCACCUUACUCACAUUUAGCGGUGUAACGCUGCUUGUUUCAAAAGGCUCAAUUGAUUGCUCUGCCAUGGUUUCUUUUGUGACAUCCCUGGUUCUGUUGAUCUCCCCAAUCCAGGAUGUGGGAAAAGCAUACAACGAAUUAAAACAAGGAGAGCCAGCAAUUCAGCGUCUAUUUAGUUUGACAACAUUUGAACCAGAGGAAAUUGUGAACCCAGAUGCUGUUGACUUAGAUUGUGUUGCUGGAGAAGUAAAAUACUCUAACGUCUCUUUUAGAUAUGGAGACAAUGGACCUCUUGUAUUGAAAAACAUGGACUUACAUAUUAAAUCUGGUGAAAUAGUUGCCCUGUGUGGACCAUCAGGAGGAGGAAAAACAACUCUUGUAAAACUCCUUCUUCGCUUAUAUGAUCCUUUACAAGGUUCCAUUUUCAUUGAUGGUUUGGAUAUUAGAGGCAUACGAAUCGAGAGUUUAAGGAGAAACAUUGGUUUGGUCUCUCAAGAUACAACAUUAUUUUCUGGAAGUGUCGCCGAGAACAUUGGAUAUAGGGAUAGAAUGACUGGUAUUGAUAUGGAGAGAGUGAAGCUUGCUGCCAGAACUGCAAGUGCCGAAGAAUUUAUUGAAGCGCUUCCUCUUAGCUAUGAGACAAAUGUUGGACCUAGGGGCUCAAUUUUCAGUGGAGGGCAGAAGCAAAGAAUAGCUAUUGCUCGGGCUCUUUAUCAGGAUCCAUCUAUUCUAAUAUUGGAUGAAGCUACUUCAGCAUUAGACAGCAAGUCAGAGCUGUUGGUAAGACAAGCUCUGCAGCACCUGAUGCAAAAUCGUACCGUACUAGUGAUUGCUCACCGCUUGGAAACAGUUUUAAUGGCUGAACGAGUUUUCCUUUUAGAUGAUGGAUACUUGCAGGAGGUUCCUCGCUCCUCUCUUUUGGACGGUCAAGGUGGCUCACUGGCAUCGAUGAGUUUAACAAUAUGAUGUUUAUAUGAAGCUAAAGGUCUGCUUCUUGGAAAUGAAUAUGCAUUUGUUGCUCUAGUAUGGAAGUAUGUCCUACAACUUUCUUAUCCUUCCAAUGUAAGCUGCUCGUCGCAUCAAAUGCCCCUUUAUAUGAAGCUAAAGGUCUGUAAGGUGCUGUAAAUUUCUUGAACAAGUACUUACAGAGUGAUGUAUAUGAUUGUAUAUCUUUACAUACGUUAGAAAAUGCAAUAGAGGCAAUACAAUAAUGUCGUUUUUUUGCCUCAUCUGUUAUAGUGGUAAAUGAUCAAUUGAUUUAAG